AUGAGGCACCACUCCUGUCACCAGACUCUCAUCCCACCGAUGACCUCGUUAAAGAGCUCGUCGAAACGGGAUGAGGCACCACCGCGUGCUCUUGUCAUCCAGACUCUCAUCCCACCGAUGACCUCGUUAAACAGCUCGUCGAAACGGGAUGAGGCGCCACUGCGCGCUCAUGUCUUCCAGACUCUCGUCCCACCGAUGAGCUCGCCAAUGAGCAGCUUGAACAUUCCAAAUUCAAGCAAAUCGGAGAUAGGAUCUCAGCCAACAGAGCGACUUCCAUCUCCACCUCCAAAGCUAUCAGCUCGAACUGUUGUGAACGGAAACUAUCAACAGUUUCCCGCAACAAAUGAUCUAGUCGAUCGAGCUCAAUUUCAUAGAGCAAACGAUCCGACAGAUCUAGCUCGAUUGACAAAAGCAAACAGCUCGUCAAAUCGAGCUCUAUCCCAUCCGAUUCCAGCUAAUCGGAUUCCUGUCGAUCCGCGAAACCUUUUGGACUGCGAAUCUUUCGAAAGAUUCCAGGACCAAACAAACCUCGCAUUCCGGCAAGCGAACUCAACGUUUAACCAAGCAAUGAGUUCGAUUCCGGAUAUCGACAAAAAUACUCCGGUAAUAGCGAUCCACGAGCUUAUAUCCGAGCUCUUUAUCUCGAAAUUCUUCGAGCUCAAUUUUCCCGAAGAGAUAGAAGCAGCUUCCUGCCAACUCUUUGCUGAAAACCUAGCCGGACCAGCUAAAAAUUGGUUCGCAACGCUGGAUGAAAAUUCAAUCGAUACUUUCGACCAGCUCCUUUCGGUAUUCAUAAACCAAUAUUCGAUCUUCAUCGAACCAGAAGUUUCUGAAGCCGAUCUCUGGACGCUUUCUCAAGCUCCAAACGAAUCACUUCGAUCUUACGUCAACAGAUUCAAAGCAAUCAUCGCUAAGAUCGAAAACCCUAACGAGGCAGUAGCUCUACUAGCCUUCCGAAACAACCUGUGGUACAAAUCGAAAUUCAGAGAAGAACUAAUCGUUCGACCUCCUGUAUCACUCGAUGAUGCACUUCGCUGCGCGUUAACCUUUGCUACUCUCGAAGAGGAGAUUACUCUCCUCCUAGAAAAAUAUCGCAAAGGAAACUACCACAACAUUCUAUCUCCAUUGCGAGCUCAGUUCUGA